AGUACAUUCAAGCGUUAAUAUUGUAUAAUUCCAUAAUAGGUGGUGUAUAGAUUAUAUAACAAUAAGUUUGUUAGUAUGGUGUCAAGAUUCUCGUCAUUUGGGAAAUUAAUAUGUAACAUUGUACAAAUUACAUUAUUUUUAAUUUAUACCAUUACAUUGACCAAUAUUAGAAGAUAAACUAAGUUAUAUCAAUAAGUCGAUAAUCACAAACGAUUGUUUUUAGUUGAAUGUUGUCGAAAAUUUAUAUAAAUAUGGUAAUGGAAUCUUGUGGUAUCCACACAUUGUGUAUAGAUAAAUUCCCCAUGUUAUUUAUUCUCGAUUUUAUUUCAUAGAGUUAUUUCUUAUAAAUAUUUACAAAUUCAAAAUGUCUAGUGGCUUAUUAACCACUCUUAAAUAUGGCUUGCUUACUCUAGGAGGAUUAUCGACAUUUGCUCCAUAUUUGAAUAGACGUUUGAGAGUAAAUCCUUCACUACUAAGGCCACUACUCAACAUGUCUUGGGGGUAUCUUUUUGGCUCACAUCUCUGGGAACUCUUGUCAAAUUCACUUCAAUCCAAACAUAAUGAAAGAACUGGCGAUAAAAAAGUUGAGGUACUGGAAUCGGAUGUUUUUUUUUUAUUGGCAAUAUUGGGUAACAGUUUGGUGUUGAUAACAACGUUUGGCUUAGCUCCUUCUUUUAAGAAGUUACAGUGGUGUGCAUACGGAUCUCUGCUCUCUACUUUGACCAACUACUUCCUCGUCUAUCCAAACUUGAACGGAAAUUCUGAAUUGUUUAUCUUCAGAAUGGUAAAACCGAAGACUCUAUCAAGACUAUUACUCUUAACUACACUUUCAACAUUAUUGCUCUACACUGUUUCUUAAUCUUUCCCAACACACACA